AUGGUGCCGAUCCAAUGUGCGAAAUGUCGUGGGCCAUCGUGGAAGCCUAAUACUUGCACUCACUGCACCCCCUUCUUCCGCCUAUCUGUCGACAUACAAAUAGUGCUAUUCUCGCUGCUGGCCGUGGUCGACCCUCCCUCCACCCCGCAACUGUCAAAUUAUAACAAAUCAGGAUACGUCCCGCCCGAAGAUGACGCUUCCACCGCGCAACAAUCUCUCAGACGCGGUAACGCGUCUGGGAUUACGAAGGGCUCUCUUGGCUUUGUGCGACUGUCACAUGUAUGCAAGACGUGGCGCGAUAUCUUGCUAUCGAUGAAGCGCGUUUGGGCGGACAACAUCGGUGUCCUCCCUUUGGCCACCAGCGACAUGCUCGUUCGCGCGGGGGCAUGCCCUCUUACAGUCACCCUCUGCCAAGACACGAACCUCGAUGUUCAUGGCCUACCAGUGAAUCGCGUCGCCGAAGCCCCCAUCGUACGAGCAGUCCAUGGCAUCCUCUUGAAGCCCCGCAGCGCAACCACUGAGGUUGAGCUUACACAUCUACUCCAUGUCCUUUUCCCAUACGAGAACACCCUCGAGAGGAUGGACAUAUCCAUCAUGAGCCCGGACAAACGAUCCAUUCUGGACGACCAGUCUUCCACGACGCUGCUACACCCCCUCAGCUUGAGAAACCUCUUCAUCACGCCUCCCAGAAGCUCUCUGCGGCAUCUGUCGAUAACCUUCGAGGCCGCCGGCGAAGAAAGCGACGCUACGUUCGACGAAGUUAUAGGCCUUCUCGACAUGCUUCAAUGCUGCGGUCCCACUCUUCGAAACUUGGAGCUCAUACAUUGCUAUGUGGAAGGCAUGACGCCUGAGGGGGAUCCGAUUAACCUCCCGGUUCUACAGCAACUUGUCGUGGGCGGCUCGCCGCGCACAUUGUUUGACGUGACGGAGUUCGCAUAUCCCUCAACAUGCGAUGUCGCCAUCCAUGAUCUUGGCGACGAGGUUGUCCUUAACGGUCCGCCGGGCACGCCGGGUACUAUCUUUCACCAUGCAUUGAGGUCCUUCAGUGACGAGAUCAUUGCACGAACUGGCUCAUACGGAUUCGUUUUCAACACACUCCCCGGCGAAAACAACUUUGUUUCCGUUCGUGCGCUCUCCUCGACUAGCCUUGCGGGCAGAGGCGAACUCUUCGUCGAUUUACCCGACAUUGGCCAGCGGAGAUUAUACUUCGACACACUCUUCAUGGAGGAUCUUCAGGAGGACAUCUUCUCGCCGUUGUCUCGCACAUUGGAGACAGACGCUAGGGACUGGGACCCGAGCGCGCUCAACUCUGUGGAGGUUGUUUCUGUUGUGCGCACCGACAAUGAACGAUGCUAUCAGAAGAAAGGCUCUGAUGACGCUCGCUUUGUUUUCUCCCAGAUGUCAGCCCUGCGCGUUCUACAUCUCCAGGGGGUCGACGAUCAGAUCAUCAAGGAUGUCUGCUAUGAGUUCGCCGGAGAACGCGGCGGCGAAGAGAUCCGAACACUUCCCAGCAUCCAAGUGCUUCGGCUCUCUCCUGGGUACUCGGGGCCGCCCAUCAACCUCAAUCGUUUCUGUAUCAGGCUGGCACACCGUUUCGUGGGCGACCUCGAUGGAGAACGACCUCGCCCUUUAGCGUCUCUAAUCGUAGAUGCCGGCGUACAGUUCAAUGUGGGCAUAGAGAAGCAGAUGCUGAUGGCUCAAUGGUUGAAGUUAGUUGGUGCCGCUGAGAAGGUGUACUGGAAUGAAUAUGACAUCUGUGUACCCGAAUCAGAAUAG